AUGCAGAAAUUGGUCCUUGUAUUUCUUGUUGUUCUGGCUUUGGCUGUCGCUGAACCCGGUCAUCAUGCUCAUGUGGCUACAGCACCAGUUCCUGCAGUACCAGCCGUGCCAGCUGCUGCAGCCUAUACAGCAGCUGCACCAAUUGCGGCUGCCUAUACAGCUCCUUUGCCAGCUGCUUAUGCUGCUCCUUACGCGGCAGCCUAUGCUGCCCCUUACGCGGCUGCCUAUCCCGCACCAUAUGCAGCAGCUUACACAGCUCCCAUUGCUGCAGCUGCUGCUUACACGGCACCCAUAGCUGCUGCCUAUCCUGCACCCUAUGCAGCCGCUUAUACUGCGCCAUAUGCUGCUGCCUUUACAGCUCCUUUAAAUUCAGCUUUUUCUAGUCAACGUGUGGAUAUUAUCAACAAAUAUAAUGCACCCAUCAUUAGUGCUCCAGCUAGAUUGAUAGCACCUGCAACAACCUAUAUCCCUGCACCAGCUCGUGCAGUUGCCCCAGCUAUUGCAGCAGCUCCGGCUAAAAUUGUGGCUGCUCCUGGCCGUUUGUCUGCCCCAAUUUUAAUUUAAAACAGAAUUUUCCAUUUCUGUCGUUUGAGUUUAUCCUUUUCUCCGGGAUAGAAUUAUACACUGCUCAAU